GUAUUGUGUCUUUCAAUGGAUCCUUCUGCUGAACUUUACAGAAUCGAUAAUGUACGUAGUAGUCUCCAUGGUGGUGGAAGUUUCAGGAGUGGUAGUUUUCAUGGCAGUUUUCAUGCUAACAGUUCUUCAGUAUGGAGGAACAGUGGAAUGGAUGCCUUCUCGAGAUCUUCUAUAUCUCGAGACGAAAAUGUCGAUGAUGAAGAAGCUUUGAAAUGGGCUGCUAUAGAGAGAUUACCCACUUACAAUCGUAUAAGAAAAGGUAUAUUAUCUAUAGCAGAAGGAGACACAAAGGAAAUUGAAAUUGAUAAACUUAGGAUUACAGAGAAGAAGAUUUUGUUAGACAGAUUGGUUAAAGUUGCAGAAGAGGACAAUGAGAAGUUCUUAUUGAAGCUCAGGGAACGCCUUGAUCAAGUUGGAAUUGAACUUCCCACGAUCGAUGUCCGCUUCGAGCAUGUAAAUGUAGAAGCAGAAGCUUAUGUGGGAAGUAGAGCUUUACCUACAAUGAUUAACUUCUCUACUAACUUAAUAGAGGGUCUCUUGGUUAAUCUUGGUAUUCUUCGAAGUAAAAAGAGAGAACUAAAAAUCCUUCAUGAUGUUAGUGGAAUCAUCAAGCCAGGCAGAAUGACAUUGCUUUUAGGCCCUCCAGGCUCUGGAAAGACCACAUUGCUGUUGGCUUUAGCAGGAAAGCUUGAUAAAGAUUUAAAAUUAUCUGGGAGAAUAACUUACAAUGGCCAUGGCAUGAACGAGUUUGUCCCACAAAGAACUGCGGCAUAUAUCAGUCAACGUGAUCUCCAUAUAGGGGAGAUGACAGUGAGAGAAACCUUAGCCUUUUCUGCUAGAUGUCAAGGGGUGGGAACUCGUAAUGAUAUGUUGCAAGAGCUGGCAAGAAGAGAAAAGGAGGCAAAAAUUAAGCCCGAUCCCGACUUGGAUCUUUUCCUGAAGGCAGCCUCAAUAGAAGGACAGGAGGUCAGUGUAGUGACCGAUUAUAUUCUGAAGAUAUUGGGACUUGACAUUUGUGCCGAUACCAUGGUGGGAGAUGAAAUGCUUAGAGGUAUCUCUGGGGGACAAAGAAAGAGAGUCACAACAGGGGAGAUGCUUGUUGGAGCAGCAAGGGCACUUUUCAUGGAUGAGAUAUCAACUGGUUUGGACAGUUCAACAACAUUUCAGAUUGUGAAUUCACUUAGGCAAUCCAUCCACAUUCUAAAUGGAACUGCUCUCAUCUCUCUCCUCCAACCAGCACCAGAGACUUAUGAACUGUUUGAUGACAUUCUUCUCCUAUCAGAUGGGCAGAUUGUGUACCAGGGGCCACGUGAACAUGUGCUUGAAUUUUUCGAAUUUGUGGGUUUCAAAUGUCCUGAAAGGAAGGGAGUAGCUGACUUCUUGCAAGAGGUGACAUCAAGGAAAGAUCAACAACAAUACUGGACACGUAAAGACGAACCUUAUAGAUUUAUUACCGUAGACGCUUUUGUGGAGGCAUUCCGGUCGUUCCAUGUUGGUCACAGGCUAGGAGAUGAACUUGCCACCCCAUUUGAUAAGAACAAGAGUCACCCUGCUGCCCUAAGUACUAAAAAAUAUGGUAUUAGCAAGAUGGAACUGUUGAAAGCCUGCACAGCAAGAGAGCUAUUGCUGAUGAAGAGAAACUCAUUUGUCUAUAUUUUCAAGAUGGUGCAGCUAGUUCUUGUGGCAUUCAUAUCCAUGACAGUCUUCCUGCGUACUGAGAUGGACAAAACUUCAGUAACUGGAGGAGGAAUUUAUAUGGGUGCUUUAUUCUAUUCUCUCACCAUUAUUAUGUUUAAUGGAAUGUCAGAGCUUGCCAUGACUGUCAUGAAGCUUCCUGUAUUCUAUAAGCAAAGAGACCUCCUUUUCUAUCCUCCAUGGGCAUACUCACUGCCCACAUGGAUCCUAAAGAUCCCUGUCACAUUUCUUGAAGUUGCUACUUGGGUGUUCAUAACUUACUAUGUCAUUGGCUUUGAAUCAUACGCCGGAAGGCUUUUCAAACAGUACCUUGUAUUUAUAUGUAUUAACCAAAUGGCGUCUGGACUAUUCCGAUUGAUCGCUUCAUUGGGGAGGAGCAUGGUUGUCUCACAAGUAUUCGGGGCCUUUGGAUUACUUAUACUCAUGGUUCUGAGUGGAUUUAUCUUGUCACAAGAAAAUAUAAAAAAGUGGUGGAUAUGGGGCUAUUGGAUCUCUCCCAUGAUGUAUGGGCAAACUGCAUUAGUAGUGAACGAAUUCCUUGGGAAAAGCUGGGGAAAAAUAGUUAAUGGAACGACUGUUGGAGUGGCCGUCCUGAAAUCUCGUGGGGUCUUCACUGAAGCUUAUUGGUAUUGGAUUGGAGUAGGGGCAUUGAUUGGUUAUGUUUUCCUUUUCAAUGGUUUAUUCACAUUGGCUCUCACUUAUCUCAAUCCAUUAGGGAAGCCUCAGGCAGUUCUAUCUGAAGAGAGUCCGAAUGAUAAAAGUGCAAGUGAAAAUGGGGAAAUGAUUGAGCUAUCAUCCAGAGGAAAGAGAUCCAUGGGAGAUGAAAUUAAAAGGAGUACAUCGGGAACAUCAUCUUCUAGAAUGGCCGCAGUCAAUGUCAAUCAGAACAAGAAGCGGGGAAUGGUUCUUCCGUUUGAGCCUCUUUCCAUCACCUUUGAUGAAAUCAAAUACUCCGUGGACAUGCCACAGGAAAUGAAAGCACGAGGUGUUACAGAGGAACGGUUGUUGCUUCUUAGGGGAGUGAGUGGAGCUUUCAGGCCAGGAGUUCUUACAGCUCUGAUGGGUGUUAGUGGUGCUGGCAAGACCACUUUGAUGGACGUGUUGGCUGGAAGGAAAUCUGGAGGAUACAUUGAGGGAAGCAUCAAGAUAUCUGGCUACCCAAAGAAACAGGAAACAUUUGCUCGUAUAUCAGGAUAUUGUGAACAGAAUGAUAUCCACUCUCCUCAUGUUACGGUCUAUGAAUCCCUGCUUUACUCUGCUUGGCUUCGGUUGGCUCCUGAAAUCAAAUCUUCCACUGGAAAGAUGUUCAUUGAAGAGGUCAUGGAUCUUGUAGAGCUGGACUCAUUGAGGGGUGCACUGGUUGGGCUUCCAGGUGUAAAUGGUCUCUCAACAGAGCAACGCAAGAGGCUAACCAUCGCAGUUGAACUCGUUGCCAACCCUUCAAUUAUAUUCAUGGAUGAGCCAACCUCUGGCCUGGAUGCAAGGGCAGCAGCAAUAGUGAUGAGAACAGUGAGAAACAUCGUGGACACUGGACGAACUGUGGUGUGCACCAUCCACCAGCCCAGCAUUGACAUAUUCGAUGCUUUUGAUGAGCUAUUCUUGCUGAAGCAAGGAGGAGAAGAAAUAUAUGUAGGCCCCUUGGGGAAACAAGGUUGUCGAUUGAUCGACUACUUUGAGGCAAUCAAAGGAGUCAGUAAGAUAAAAGACGGUUAUAAUCCAGCAACAUGGAUGUUGGAGGUGACAAGCUCAGCCCAAGAAGCAGCUUUAGGGGCCAACUUUGCUUAUAUAUAUAAGAACUCAGAACUAUACAGGAGGAACAGAGCAAUGAUCGAGGAACUAAGUAAACCUGCCCCUGAUUCCAAAGAGCUCUAUUUCCCUACUCAGUAUUCUCAGUCUUUCUUCAACCAAUUUGAAGCUUGUCUAUGGAAACAGCAUUGGUCAUACUGGCGAAACCCACCAUAUACUUUUGUUAGGCUUUUCUUCACAACUUUCAUAGCUUUAAUGCUCGGGUCAAUGUUUUGGAAUCUUGGAUCUAAAAUUGAGAAGCAACAGGAUCUCUUUAAUGCAAUGGGUUCUAUGUAUGGUGCUGUUCUCUUUCUUGGGGUACAAAAUGCCGGUGGAGUACAACCAGUUAUAGAUAUCGAACGGACGGUAUUUUACAGAGAGAGGGCUGCUGGAAUGUAUUCAGCUAUGGCAUAUGCCUUUGCUCAGGUUAUGAUUGAGAUUCCACAUAUCUUUCUCCAGUCUAUAAUAUAUGGAGUUAUUGUGUAUUCAAUGAUUGGAUUCCAAUGGACAGUUGCAAAAUUCUUUUGGUAUCUAUUUUUCACCUACUUCACAUUGUUAUACUUCACCUUUUAUGGUAUGAUGGCAGUGGGUAUGACACCCAACCAACAGAUCUCUAAUAUAGUUGCUGCGGCAUUCUAUUCACUAUGGAACCUUUUCUCAGGAUUCAUUAUUCCAAGAACUAAAAUUCCUGUGUGGUGGAGGUGGUACUACUGGAUUUGCCCUGUUGCUUGGACAUUGUAUGGAUUGGUUGUGUCACAGUUUGGAGAUAUGAAGGAUGAUUACCUUGAUUCAGGCAUUACAGUUGAAGCUUUUGUGAAGGAUUAUUUUGGAUUCAGACAUGAUUUUUUAGGAGUGGUUGCAGUUGUGAUUGUUGGGUUUGCUAUGCUUUUCGCAUUCAUCUUUGCUUUUUCAGUUAGGGUAUUUAACUUCCAGAAAAGAUAAAAUGAUUCUGCAAUAUGCAGAGGGUAAAUCAAGUGAUCAGCAGCCUAUGGAGCUUUGUAUACGACAUAACUGAGGGUCUGACUUAACAUGUAGAGACAAAGUUAAAA